CUUUUUCUGUUAAAUUUUAUAAGCGCAUAAGCGACCACAGAAAAAAGGCGCCAAAAAGAAGUCCACAGAAGUGAAGAUAAUAAAUAAACACCGUUUUCAUAGGUCCUGGCUGACAUUUGCUCAUAAUGAAGGUUACAACACCUGAGAUAUCCUGGCAUGAGCGUGACCCUAUAUACAGUGUGGAUGUACAACCAGGAAACAGAGCCAUAAAGAGACUGGUGUCUGGUGGUGUUGACAAAUUUGUCAGGGUAUGGCAGAUUAAGGAAGAUCUAGAUGGUAAAUAUGGAGUGGAGUUUCUAGCCAACUUGAAAAGACAUACCAAGGCUGUUAAUGUCUGCAGAUUCUCACCUGACGGUGACAUUUUGGCCACAGCUGGGGAUGACAGUGUCAUCAUAUUUUGGAAGUUAAGUGAGACGAGCUCAAUAAAUAAUAUAUUUCAAGAGGAUGAGGAAGACAAUAAGGAAAAUUGGGCUAUGCUGAAAGUAUUGAGAGGUCAUUUAGAGGACAUAUAUGACAUAUGUUGGUCUGCUGAUGGCAAAUAUAUGAUAUCAGGGUCUGUAGAUAACAGUGCCAUACUCUGGGAUCUUACUAAAGAUCAGAAGAUGGGCAUUUUCAAUGAGCACAAAAGUUUUGUACAGGGAGUAGCUUGGGAUCCGAAAAACGAACUUGUUGCAACAUUAAGUACAGACAGAUCAUGUAGGAUAUACAACAUAUGUAGUAGAUCAUGUAUACACAAUGUUCACAAGAUGACUCUACCCUCAAAACCUCAAACCACCGAGAUAGAUGAAAAUAAAGACACAGAAAAUAAAGAUACUAAACCAAAGUCUUUCAGGAUGUUUCAUGAUGAUACAAUGCGUUCAUUUUUCCGGCGGUUAACAUUUACACCUGAUGGCGAGUUGUUGAUAGUACCAGCUGGUUGUGUUGAAGCUGAUCCGGUUACUAAUGCUACAUUCAUAUUUACUAGACAUUGUUUAUCCAAACCUGCUCUAUAUCUACCUAGUCCAGAAAAAGUUACAAUAGCUGUUAGAUGUUGUCCUACCAAAUUUCAGUUAAGAAAAAUUCAGAGAAAACAAAAUGAAGAAAAAUCAACAGAAAAAGCAAGUGAAGAUUUAAAAGAAUGGGAGAAAUACUCAACUUUGUUCUGUUUACCAUACCAGACUUGUGUUUUUGCUGUAGCUACAGAAGAUUCUAUACAAAGCUAUAUGAUACACAACAGGCCCCAACCAAUUUGGUUUUUUAUAACAAAUAUACAUUAUCAUCAACUUCAGUGA